AACAAUCUCCAGAGCUGGAGGAUAGAAGAAGGUAUGAUGGGUCAUUCACUCAUGGGGGGCUUCAUAAUCACAGCCGCCUGGAUCUUGGCCACAGUCUGCUACGCUGAAGAUUCCUGUCCAGAGGUUAAGCUUGUAGGACUUGGUGGCUCUGACAAGUUGACCAUCCUGAGGGGGUGUACCGGGGCUCCUGGAGCUUCUGGACUAAAGGGGGAACCGGGAGAGAAAGGAGAAAAAGGAUCAUCGGGGUUGCCUGGAAAUGCUGGACCACCAGGACUAAAAGGUGAAAUUGGUGCCAAUGGAAUCAAAGGAGAAAAAGGAGAGAAAGGGGAACCUGGAGCAUCACAGCCGUUAUAUGCUGCCAGGAACUGUAAGGAGCUCCUAGACCAGGGAGAGAUCCUGAGUGACUGGUACACGAUCUAUCCAGAUGGAAAACAAGCCAUAAAGGUUCUGUGCGACAUGGACACAGACGGAGGAGGGUGGAUUGUUUUCCAAAGACGUUGGGAUGGAUCAGUAAAUUUCUUCCGCGAUUGGAAUUCCUACAAAAGGGGGUUUGGUGGUCGGCUGAACGAGUUCUGGCUGGGGAACGACAAUAUUCAGAAGAUAACAUCCACUGGUAAAUGGGAACUCCGUGUCGACCUACAAGAUUUUGAAACUACGAAGACUUUUGCCAAAUACUCGCCCUUCCAAGUACUAGGAGAGUCUGAGAAGUACCAGCUAGUACUCGGAGCCUUUCAGGGGGGCACGGCAGGAGAUUCUAUGGUUGGUUUGAAUGGCGUGAAAUUCAGUACCAAAGACAAAGACAACGAUCUGUACGCAGCGGGAAGCUGCUCCGAGCUUUACAAAGGGGGCUGGUGGUACACCGAUUGCCACGGUGCCAAUUUGAAUGGAUUAUAUCUACAGGGGCAACACAGUUCCUUCGCCAAUGGCAUUAACUGGAACUCUGGCAGAGGCUACUACUACUCUUACAAAUAUUGUGAGAUGAAGAUUAGACCUGUUUAAAAUUUGUGAAUUUUCAUUUAAAAUGAUGGCUGUUUUGUAUAUGGAAGCAGGGCUAGAUUUUUGAGACCGGACGUCAUGCGGUGGCUUGGUGAAUUUUGUUGGGGGCAGGGCUGUCACACUGAAAUGGGAGUGGCUAACUUUCAAACCCCACCCCCUAGUUUCCAGACCCCUACUCAGCCAAGUCAUCCACAGUGGGGUCUAGGUGAGGUCUUUAGUAUCUAGGCCUAGGGGUGCAUCAGAAGAGAAACAAAACCGUACUUAUUAUUAAUGAAAUGACUCCUUUUGGCCAGUUUGUAGGAUUGUCUUGUAAUAAAUCUACUUUUUUUUUACUAAUCAGCCAUCCAAAUAAAAAUGGUAAAAUUUGAUUUUAAGUGA